GGCAACAAUCCAAAAAAUCAAAAAAUUCCUGGCAUUUUUCUUCCUACCAGCACAAAUCUGCGAGUAUUUUGCAUGUAAAAGAGCUAGAUGCUAGAGAAGAAACUAGAUUAAAAGUGUUCUUUGCUUAGUGCCGUGUGCGUAUAGCAAAUGUGUUGAAAGUAGAAAGAUUUUUUCAUUAGUAAUUUGUUUAUUAAUAUAAAUUUCUUUUCAUUCACGUUGUUUAAACAAAGAUAUAAAAUAUGUUCCGACGCACAUUUAAAGUAACUUUUCGUCCAAUGAGAAAUAAUUUCAUUGCUCUGCCGGAGAACUACUAUGAACUUGUUUCGACUUAUGACAAAGGAUGCAUUAGUUUGACAUAUGGAAAAUAUUGCCACUAUGCAAUGUGGAUGCCACACGCGGGCACAGUCAAAGACACUGAAAUUGGGAUCAAUGCCAGAGUUGCCAAGGAAAUGGGUCUGAAAGAAAACGAUUUAGUUAAAUGUGCUUUGGUUGAUGAUGUGCAGCUUUUAAAGAGUGUCCAUGUGACACCUGUGUCAUCGAAAGACUGGGAAAUUAUUGAACUUAGCAGUGAGAAGUUGCAAGAUAGUGUGCUAGAGCAGACAAAGAUUAUCAACUCAACGCAAUUUCUUGUUGUUUGGGUGAAUAAGUCGAUGCAAGUUACACUGACUGUUGAUCGCAUUCGUCCCAACAUCAAUUUCGGUCGAAUUAAUCACACCACAGAACUAGUUGUAACACCAAAAGUUGAAAACAUCACCAACGGAUUGACCGAAACAAAUGGCGAUAGUCAUACCAAUGGUCUUCAUAAAAGUCAAACGAUGUCAUCUGUUGCCAGUUCUGAUACUGGUCUAUCUCGAUCAACUACAGUUAGCAAUAUAAAAAGCUUAACCCGUAAAGAAUCUGUAGUCAAUCGCCUAUCAAUGGUCAAUCGAUUGGAAAAAAUGCGUCGCCUUAUCAGAGAUCUCAAAAGAGAAAACACACGCACUUUUGAGUUCCGUGCAAUAUCUGGAACUUGGGAAGAUACAACUCAAAUCUCUGAUAUAUUUGUAACCAAAAAUAAUUUACCAGAAUUCAUGGAUUUAGAUCAAGUCUAUUGCCUUCGAACUGCCGAAGAUGGUGAAUACUAUGUGACAGUAAAAGUCGUUGCCGAAGGUCAAAAUUUUCCCAAUAAUAUCCAUCAAACUAUCGAAAUCAAUGAAAAUCUCAUGCAAUUACUAAAAAUGCGUGAACUCGAAAAAAUCACCCUCACUCCGAAGCACAUGGUUUUAAAUUUUGUUGAAAAAAUUGAACUUUAUUCACACAAAAAGACUCAUUAUAAAAUUGUCGAAGGUGCCUUUAAACGAUUUAUUGCUGAUAAAACUAAAUUAUCACCUUUAUUGUUAAAUCAAGAUGAAGUUAUUAAAUUGGAUGAGGGAAUGAUUGUCACUAUACUCAUUAGCCCUGAACAUUUUCGUUAUUGUCUGGUGGAUUCUCAGCUUUUGAAAGAAUGUAAAAUUUAUGCAGCUGAUUUGAUUAAAAAUGCUGGUGAUGUCUUGGAAGUCGAUGCCAAAGAGGACACUAUUCUGAGUGUUAAGGAUUUGAUAAAACUUCCAGAAUUUGAUGAUAUUGUUGUUCAACUGGUGGAUCAAUUGAAAAUGAAUUUAUGUUUGGAUCAGAGGAAUUCGGUUCUUAGGCAGGGAAAUAUUUUAGUUGCUGGUCAAACUGGUUGCGGUAAAUCAGUUAUUGUAGAGCGAGUUUUAGAUGAAUUGGUCAAGAAGCCUUAUUCAUGUUCAUAUGACAUCUUCUAUAGUACUCGCAGUAAAGGAAGAAAGACUGAAUCAAUACAAAAAGAUCUACGUGAGAUUUUCACAACCUGCCUUCAAAAUGCGCCAGCAAUUGUUGUUUUAGAAAAUCUAGAUGUUCUAGCUCAUUCGACUGGCGAUCAACCAACUCAAGAUAGCGAAUAUUACAAUCGAAUUGCCGAUAUAGUCCAGCAUUUAAUUGUCGAGUAUACAGCAACUAAUCCAAUUUCUGUUAUAGCAACAGUUUCAAGUUUGAAAAAGUUAAACCGUCGAUUGUACUCGCCUCGAGGACGUCAUCUCUUCCAAACUAUUGCCAAAGUACCGACUCUCGGUCGAUUGGGUAGAGAAAUGAUUCUUAAAGAACUUUGUAAUCACAUUGAUUCGGAGAAAUUGGAUUUGGCAAGAUUUGGUAACUUAACAGAGGGUUACAAUAAAGGUGAUCUCGUGCAAUUUGUUGAGAGGGCUAUUUUUUAUGCUUACCGAAUGAGUAAAACAAAUCCAAUAUUGACGAAUGAUCAUUUGGCCAAGUCUCUAGAGAGUACAAAUUCGUAUUGCCUUCAAGGAAUUACCAGCAAUAAUAAACCAACUGAUACCAUUAUGGAUGUUGGUAUGAAGGUCGAACAAAUUCCUGGACUAGAAGCAGUUGUGACUGUGUUGGAGGAGGUCUUAGUCUGGCCGACAAUAUAUCCAAAAAUAUUUAGUGACUCUCCACUGCGUAAUCAAGCUGGUGUUCUGCUAUUUGGACCCCCUGGAACUGGCAAAACGUAUUUAGUUUCUCAAAUUGCCAACUCUUGGAAUUUGAGAACAAUAUCCGUUAAGGGUCCAGAGUUGCUUGCCAAAUACAUUGGCCAGAGUGAGGAGAAUGUACGAAAUUUAUUCUCGCGUGCUCGAAGUGCCAAACCGUGUGUUUUAUUCUUUGAUGAAUUUGACAGUUUGGCUCCUAAACGUGGUCAUGACUCGACUGGAGUUACAGAUCGUGUUGUUAAUCAGCUGCUAACUGAAUUGGAUGGUGUUGAAGGUUUACAAGGUGUAACGGUUAUUGCUGCAACAUCUCGUCCAGAGCUACUUGAUCCUGCACUCCUUCGAUCGGGAAGAAUAGAUCGAUUGGUUGAGUGUCCACUUCCAGAUACUGCAGCUCGAUUGAGUAUAUUCAAAACUCUUUCGCAAACACUUUUCUUAGAUAAGAAUGUUGAUCUGGCACGAUUGGCAUCAAAAACACAGAACUACACUGGAGCGGAUAUUCAAAGUAUAUUGACAUCAGCAAACAUGGCAGCUGUUAAAGAAGUUUUGGAAAAAUGUGGUCAUCAGAAUUUACCGGACAAGAUAAUCGUUACACAUGAACAUUUAAUUGAAGCUUAUAAAACAACAAGGCCAUCGUUAAGUCCAUCGGAUGUAUCACGCUAUCGGCAUACGUACGAACGAUUUACAAACAAGGAAAAGUCAUCCAGAGAAUUUGUAGCCAAGCGAGCAACUUUAGCGUAAAAAUAAACUAACGAAAGUUAUGUACCAAAAGUCAAUGGUACUUAAUCGACUAAUUUACAUCAAUUUUAUAUUUUGAGUGUGGUAUAUUAAUUAAAUUAAGGAAACAGGAACAAAAGCAGGAACAAGAAAAACUUAAAGUAAAAAUAUAUAUUUGAAUAAAUUAAUAUAAAUUCGGUUUUGGUUAUGAUACUAUGCGGUUCACUUGGUUAGGUACCUACACUAUUUUGAAUUUCUGGAAAAUUAGAUAUCUUUUUUUAUUUACUAAUUUUUUAUAACCUAAGAAAAUUACAAAAUCAGUUUAUUGAUUAAAAAUACAGUGAACAAAUUUAUGCAUUAUGUAGGUAUAAAAACUA